AAGAAGAUUUUUCAUUUAAAAAUAAAAACAAAAAUUAUACAAAAUCGCGCUAAACCCCCAUUGAUGGUUUUAGGGUUCGCACAAACACAUUCGAGUCAAUUGUAAGACACUCAUCGAAUGGCAAAAAGAUUUCCUAUCGAGCUCUUCGUAAGCAGAUUGUCACAUUACACUACAAAUGAAGAAUUGUGGAGGUUGUUUUCGGCUUUUGGUGUGGUUACACAAGCUAGGCUAGUUAAGGACACAAGAACCCAAAGGCCUAAAGGUUUUGGUUUUGUCAGAUAUGAGUCAGAGGUUGAAGCCCAGGCUGCACUCAAGGCCAUGAAUGGCAGGAUAGUACAUGGAAAGCUGAUCUUUGUGGAAGUUGCAAAGACUAAGAAGCAAGGAGAGGAAGGUUCUUCCUGAAUAUAAAGAUUUUGUGUUUUGCGGUUGCAGACCCAUUUCAAAAUGAGAAAGUACUGGAAAUUGGAAUCACUCCCUAUAAAAUGUUUAGUCUGUAAAAUAACAGUUUGGUAUCAAAUAUGUGAUGUACUUCUGCUACCAUCUCAACUUGCACUGAUUAUAUUUUUUUCUUCUUCUUUCUCUGUUUGCUAUUGUCUAGUUCCUAGGAAUUGUGAGCUUGAUACCACAUAUUGUUAAAUAGAAGUACAAGUAGGGUGAGCAAAAAAAUCGCAAACCAGUUUGGCUGUUUUGGUGGUUUGGUCUAGGUUUUUUAAUGUUUCCUUCGGGCGUGGAUCACAAAAUAAGUGAAUUGCAAUCUGCAGUUAGGUUCACGGAUUUACAGAUU